GGGGCUGGGGAUUGCGUAUUAACCGUCAACACAAGUAAUAGCAAGUAGUAGUAAGUAAUACAAGUGGCGUAUGUCAUGUAAGAUAAAUUUUGUUGCGGAAUUUCAACGUUAUGUAAACUUGUAUUGUUGUGCUUUACUUUUUAUGUACGAAUUGUCGUAAAAAAAACCUUAAUCUUCCAAGUCGAACGAGACAUCUUAUGCGGUUCUACGAGUGCAUCCUACGGUCGUACUACUAAAGAACACAUUCGAAUUAGCAGAAUAGGCAGACGCAGGAGCGGACGAAGAAAAAGUAGACGAUCCAAAGGCGAAAUGACACGUCCUCCAAAUAAUGACAACCUUAUGACCUUCAAAUUGGUUGUUGUUGGAGAUGGAGGUGUUGGCAAGAGCGCUCUUACAAUACAGUUUUUUCAAAAGCUUUUUGUUGCAGACUAUGAUCCAACUAUCGAGGAUAGUUAUAUUCAACAUACAGAGGUAGACAAACAAUGGUGCAUCUUGGAUGUGUUAGAUACAGCCGGUCAAGAAGAAUUUAGUGCGAUGCGUGAACAAUAUAUGCGAAAAGGUGAUGGAUUUCUUUUAGUAUAUUCUGUAACCGAUAAACAAUCGUAUCAAAAUAUUGCCAAUUUUCAUACUCAAAUUCUACGAGUAAAAGAUAGAGAUAUUUAUCCUAUGCUACUGGUGGCUAACAAAGUCGAUUUGGUACAUUUGAGAAAAGUCACAGAGGAACAGGGAAGAGAAUUGGCUCAUCGUUUGGGCAUACCUUAUAUUGAGACUUCUGCCAAAGACCCACCACUAAAUGUUGAUGCAGCAUUUCAUGAGGUUGUUCGCAUUAUCAGAAAUCAACCCCCGACCGAAUUGGAGAAAAACCAAAAAAAGCGACGGCGUUUGAAAAAGUGCAACAUUUUAUAAAUUUUAAAGACAAAUUACGCAAGUGCGAAAACCAAGGACCAUGGUGCUGCAUCGUAAUUGUGCAAUGCCUUUGCUUUUAAAAGAGUACGUCUUCGAAUUUAAAAAAUCUAUUAGACAAAAUAACUUUUUUCGAAAAAUAUGCAUAAAGUUGCAAUAUGGAUAAAAGGCAAUACAGCUUCGAUGAUUUUUACUUUAAUAUAUUUAAAAAAAGUACUUAUUUAUACGUGGAACAAUAUUGCAGUUUUGGAUCGUAAGCACUGCGGGGGGAGGGGGAGGGCUAGAGGCGAAUCUCGCUUUACUUAAAAAAUCGAAAACCUAUGUAGUACAGAACAAUUAUUGACAUUGUUUUGGGCUGUAAACACUGGGGAAGGGGGGAGGAUAGAUCUCGUUUUUUGCAGAAAGUUGAAAACUCACAUGGAACAGUACAAAUAUAGACCAAAUUGCUAUAUUAAACAUUAUUUGUUAAUUUUUUAACAAAUAAUGAUAACUGAUUAAAAACUGUUGUAGGUUCCUCGGAACAAUAACUUUGAUAACAUAUGUCAAGGUUAAAGUUAUAAAAAGUUUCCAUUAAUUUAAAUAAAAGUUAAUGUUAAACUUCAAAUAAAUUUAUCUCAAAAACUAUUCAAGAUCACUAAUUUAAUUUAUAAGGUAAAGUUGAUUAAUAUUUUUAUUUGUAUAAUAUAUGUCAAGAUUAUUGGAGCUGUAUUACCUUUUCUGCAUGUUUUUUCACUUUUUUUCUUCAAGGUUAUAUAUGGCUGUAUUUUAAAUUUUUUAUUUUUUAUUACAUUAUAGAAUUAAGUGCUACAAAAUAUUUUCUAUGGAUAUAUUAAUAUUUAUGGAGAAUAAAUAUUAUAGAAUGUGUGCCAAUGAAGAAAAGGCUCUGAUUCCAAUGCUACAAAAACAAAAUUACAUUCUUUAAAUCUAAUUUAAGAUUUAUUUAUAACGAGAUUUGUAGCAAAAAAUAAGGGUAAUUGUUUAAUUUAUGGGACACCGCGCCGAUGAUCUUGACCUUGACAUAUGUUGUCAAGGACAUGACCCUGAGUAACUUUUUCUUAUAACUUAACCGGCGGUUAUUGUUCGUUAAAAAGUUAUUAACAAAAGAAGUUAGAAAAAUAUCCAUGUAGAACAGAACAACACACACACACAUUGAGGGGGAGGGGUGCAUAAAGCACGCAUUUUUGGGUGUUUUAAAAUAAGAAAAUCUGUUAAUUUAUUAUUAUCCUAAUCUAAAUCCUGUAAAGGAAUAUGGUAAAUCUUAACAAAAGGGGACCCAGUCCCAAUAAAUAAUAAAUUUAUUAUAAAAAUAAAGCACACAUUUAUGCGUGCUUUAAAAUAAGAAAGUCUAUUAAUUUAUUAUUAUCUUAAUCUUUUAUGUAAAGUUGCAAAUCUAUGUGGUGUUGUAAAGAACGCGUGGCGGGGUGCAAGGGCAGGUCUUUGCCCUCCCCCUACAUCUCCACAUUAAUUUUUAUAAAGCACGUAUAAAUUAAUAGAUUUUCUUAUUUUAACCCUCGGAGAACACACCUAUUUUUUCGAUCACGAAGAACACUGUGGAUCAAUUUGACCCUACACACACUUUGAUCCACCAUUUUAAAUUGACGAGUGCGAUCAGCUUGAAAAAAUUUCUAGAUUUACUUGGAACAUUGUUAAAUCAAUUAAUAUAAAUUAAAAGUGCUGUUGGAAUUAUUUACAUAUUUAAAAAAAAUUCACUUUUUUUUUUUUUUAAACGUUAUUUUCCGAAAAAUUGUAUUUUUUAAUUUUUUAAAUAUUUCUGACUAAAAAUUUACGUGUGUAUUCUUGAAAUGUAGUAGAAUCAAGAAAAAAAUUGUACUUUAAUGUACUUAAAAAAAAAGGUAUUUAUUUUGUUAGGUAAUGAAAGUGGUUUUUAAGGUAAAAAAAAUCAAACAUUUUUAUGAAAAAAUUUUAAAAAAAUUUAUUUCUUAUUACAUAUAUGUGAAUACUUUAUUAUUUAAGUGACUUGUGGUAAAAGUUAAUUUAUUUAUUGUCGGCGACGGCUUUACUAUAAUCUAAAUACGACGUGUCAGUGUUUGACUGUACUGACACAUUAUUCACUUCAGAAGAACUGUUGCCAUCGAAAUAUUCUUGCUCGACAGGUACUAAGGCAUUCUGAAUACGUGGCCGCAAACUAUAUGCCAUCGUGCUCACUAUUGAAAAACCGACGCUUAGUACACAACGGUCAGAAUGACCCUGCACCGACUUUGUAUAAUGCCCAACACCUAUUAGGUGUUGCGCUGUACAAAAGGAGCAUCUUAACAUAUAGUUAAUACCCCAAACUAUAGGUAGAAGGUUUCAGAUCCGCCAAUUUUCAAAAUGCUUUCAAGAUAUUUACGUUAAGAUCAAAUUCGAGGUAAGGGUCAAAUUGACCCUAUGUGUUCUCCGAAGGUUAAAAAAUUCAAAAAUGCGUGCUUUAUAAAAGUUAAUACAGAGAUGUAGGGAGAAGGUGAAGUCUAUAACUUAAUUGUUAUUGAAGCAUUGCCCCUCCCUAAAAACAUUUCUACAUUCCUAUUUCUAUAGUAGUUUUUGUUGAUUGCUAAUGAAAAAAAUUGAUUUUUUGCAUUAAUAGCUAUUAUAGACAUUUACUCUCAACAAAAUACGUACCGUACUUUUGUGCACUUCUACCCAGGACAUCCCUACCGAUAGAUGGGUGCGGGAAGGAGGGGCGAAGCCUCCCCUCCACGUGUGUAUGUGCGUGCGUGCGUGCGUGCGUGCGUGCGUGUUCUGUUCUACAUGGAUAUUUUUCAAAUUCUUUUGUUAAUAACUUUUUAACGAACGAUGACCUCCGAUUAAGUUAUAAGGAAAAGUUGUCAAGGUCAAGGUAAUUGGCUUCUAAACUACAUAAUUACUAAAAUAAGCGUUAGAGCCAUUGACUCUCCAUUCUUUUCAUGAUAAAUACAGAUCACAUUUCCAAUCAAAUGUGCGCGUACACAUUAAAUUUUCUACUAUCAAGAAGGUUACAUACACAGAUACACACACGCGCGCACACGCACACGCACGCACAAUGUAUAUAUAUGAAAUUAAUAUGUGUAUAUGUAGAUGAAAUUAAGUAAUUUUUUUCGCACAAUAAUAUUAGAAGUUUUUUUACUUCUUCGCGAAAAUGAAAAAAGUCGCUGUCAUAAAAUGACUAUAAUUAUUUCAUCGAAAUCGUGUUCACCUUUCGAAUAACUAAUUAUAACUUUAAAUGGUUUUAUUUUAUUACGUUAUUGUUUUCUUUUCUUUUAUAAAUAAAAUAUUCUUUUUACAACAAAUUUUAUCAAACUUUUUUAGGGUUGAGUACAUUUAAUGUAUUUUAUUGUAUUUCACAAUCAUCGAAUCUUCCGGAUUUAUAUUAGGAAUAUAAUUAGGACAAUUAUUAGUUAUUUACGUAAUUAAUAAUAAUAAAAAUAAAGCAGUA